AUGAGCUAUUUUACUGGAAAAGAUAUGUUUCUGUUACCUGAUGGUUCAACGUACCAUUUAGGUGUCAAAAAAGGAGACAUUUUCCCUCGUAUUAUUACCGUAGGGUGUUAUACAAGAGCUAAAGUUCUUUCAGAACUUCUUGAUAAGGAUAAACCGAUUCGAGCGAUAACAAGUUCUCGUGAUUUUCAUAUUUAUUCAGGCUAUUUCAAUGGUGUUGGUAUAUCUAUUAUUGGUAUCGGCAUGGGUAGCCCAUUAAUGGAUUUCAUGGUGAGAGAAGCUACCUUCGUUCAACAAGGACCUAUGGCUAUCAUUCGCUUUGGUACCUGUGGUAUAUUUCAUAAGGAUGCUCUUCCUGGCACACUUAUGACAUGUGGCAAGGGAUCCAUGUAUGUCUACGUUAAUUAUAAUCAUUUCUGUGGUAGUUUGGAUUCAAGACAAGAUACAUCCUCACCUUAUUUAGUUACUAAAAGUAUUCCAACAUCGUCAAAGUUAAACGAGUUGCUCGUUAAUGAGAUUCAAAAGGAACGUCUCAAAAAUGUCGACGGUUUAAAUGCUUGUGGUGAAACCUUUUAUAGCUGUCAAGCACGAAAGGAUCAAGAAUUCUACGAUGAAAACGAAGGUUUAAUGAAAACUCUAAUGGAUGCAAAGAUCGAUUCUAUGGAUAUGGAAACGCAUCAAUUAUUUUUCUUAUCCAAAAUUAGGAAAGAUCCCUGCUAUGUUGCAGCCGCUUUAAUUGGAAUUGUUAAUCGUGUUAAUCUCGACAUUACAACAAAUAUUUCCGCUGACGAAAUGCAUGAGAUUGUUGCUAAAGGAGGGCGCUGUUGUUUGGAAGCUUUAUCAAAAUUUCAGCUUUAAAUAGACUACAAAUGCAAUAAAAAAACAAACUUAUCACAAUUUUUAGAAUAUAUAGUGAAUGUACGGAGAAAAGUUGAUGUGACUGAAAGUUUGGUUAUGUCAUCACAAAAAGUGUUAUAAUAACUUUUCUUUUUGCACACAUUUUUAGAAAACAUGUCUUCAAAGAAUUAAUAGUUCGUAUGAUACCUCAAAGGACUUGUUGUACAUGUAUACCUGGUAAAUCCUUGUUCCCGUUAUGCGUUGGGUUGUUUCGGAUUUCAGAGGCUAAGCUCCCGUUCCUUAAAUUGUAUGUGUGUUCAGUAGCAUUGCGGUUUCUUUUCCUUGUACAAAUCAAUUUUAUUUCCUGUUUUUUUACGUGGCGCUUAUUCAUCCAUUUUCGUUAAACUUAUAUUCCUAGAAACAGAGUCAGGCCAGCAAUUCGAGCAAGUAUUUGGAAUUUUCACUCCUCAACAUACUAUAAGUGUUAACGAAAAUUCCGUUGAUAAUAAACAAGAUUGUUUUCAAAUGAACACUGUUGAUCUUUGUUGAAGCUUUAAAAUUGAAUAUCGUGGAGUCGAAUCGGAAAAGUCAAAAUUGUUAAGAAAGUCUUGAAAGAUAACUGAAAUGCUUAUUCCGAUUGGACUACGUUUCUACCCAAUACUCUCAACCAUUGUGUGACGGUUAUUUUUGACGCUUGUAAUAAGGAUUCUUAACUGUUCACCCUGAACAUACUCAUUUAAAGUGUUCCAGCAUGUUUCACUAAUCUUAUUCAAUUAGAAGACGACAUGCAUUCAAACUAUUUGCUAUUGAAAGUUCUUCCAAGAUAAAAAUAAAGUCUUUUACUUUGAAUGAGUUUUAGUCAUUGUGAAAGUUCUUGUAAAAAAAAACGUUUCAGUUUCAAUAGUUUUUUCAUAAAAGAACAUUUACAAUUUUAACAUUUUUUUCAUUAAAAAAAAAAUAAAGAAAUAUCAUUGUUUUUUAUCUUCAGAUGGUAAAGUUAAAAAAAAUAUCUUAUGACCUUGAAUGAGCGGGAAUAGCUAUAAUAAUAAAGAUUAAAAUUUAAUCUGCCCUAUUAUAGUUUGAGGAUUAUGAAGGCUAUAAAGAAAAAAUAUUUAAAGAAUUCUUUUAAAGCAUGAAUGGGAUUAUAGUCAAAAGCUAAGUGACAAGUUUUUGUAUCCAGCGGGAGUUGGAUCUUUUUUUUGUAAAUUUAAAUUAAGUUUAUCAACCAUUGAUACAUUUUCACUGUUUGGAUCUAGUCUCUAUCAUAUAUACUGUUACAAAUUUUUUUAUCAAAACUUUAUUUAAGAAAAUUGUUGAUAAAAAGCUGCGUUUUUUAUUUAUACAGUCGAAGAAACCGUGAUUUUGUAACGCAGUUCCAUUUGAAAUUUGUGUUAUUUUUUUUAAAAAAAAAUUACUUUAUUGAAUUCCCAGUCACUACAGGAUUUGUUCUUCUAAAAAAAUGUAGACGAUAAAGGAAAACUCGUUUAUGCUUAAUUGGUUGGCUAGAUGUGUAGCCUUGAAAAAGAGGCGCGCAGUCGAUUUUUCUGAGCGCGAGUAAGACACACUACAGUGGUUUACACUUUAUGAAAUAUCAUGAUACUUCACUUCAGCUCUCUCAUACUUAUGGAAACUUGUCGUGAAAAAUCGUUAACUUUUCCCCAAGAUGCCUUGUUCUCGUGCAUUUGGUAAGCACAAUUUUUCGAAAAAUGCAUACAAGAAACUUUUAAUCUUAAAAAUGG